AACAACCCGACUGCCGAAACCGAAAGUUAGAGCUGAACCUAGGCGGAACGAGGCGAACAAAUGGACGCCCGGUAACAUGAGCAUAUAACUGACAGUAUUUUUCUAAUUCAUAUUGAUUAUUUGCCAGGAAACAACAAUUUAUAACACGUCUAUCUCUCCUUAAGUCCACCGUGGUCUCUCAAGUAUUAAUGUUAGCAUAACAGUAACGGCGGAGCGCUACACCGGGUACGUCAAAGUAAUGUCGGUAGCACGGUGGUUCAUGUUUUUGGAUGAUAAGAAAUAGCGAAAAACAAGAUUCAGUUGACUAAAAUUCAUCCUGCUGUUGAGCUGUGCGAGUCUGUGACGACCGGAGACAUGGACCCAGACAAUGAAGUGGAAAGAAUCUUCAGACUUGGGAAUGAGGAGGAUGAGGAGGAGAAGAAGAAGUGGAAGAGGCCACCCUCCAGCUAUGGUUCAAUGAAGAGUGAAAGUGAUGAGAUGGAGAAUGAGGAGGAGCAGGGGGAGAGAGGACAUGAAGAGGUGGUUCCUGUAGUAUUACCUGAACCAAUUCCUCAUGAGGCAACAGGGCUACAGAUGAUUCGCUCCGACUCUCCAGAGACCCUCUGCACUAUGACCACACAGCAACCACCACCAGGAGCUGCAGUCAUUGACACCAGGUCUUCUGAUCUGGGGGAUUUUUCAGAGGAGGAAGAGGAGGAUCUAGAUGAAUAUUUGGUAACUAAUUCCCCAGAACCACCUGAGUUUGUGGAACCAGAAGACUCAAUGCAAACUGAUGAGAACAGCCAGCCAGGCAGACUACAUCCAGAGCAAGAUCUGCCCCAUAUAUUUAAGAGUAUCCAGAAUUGUCUGUCAGGCCUCAGCAGGGAAGAGCUGUUCAAAUUUAAGAUGUGGUUUUUACAAUGGGAACCAGGCAUAACCCGGCAACAAGUGAUGGAGGGAGACAUUCUUGAUUUUGUGGACAGGAUCCUGGAGAUCCUUGGCCUGGAUCGUUCCCUGAUGCACACAAUAAAUACUCUAGAAAGUGUCAACAAGAAACCAGAGGCAGACGAACUACGGGUGCAGUGCAAGAGAGCACUGAUCCGUUUUCACCUGCGGCAGUAUUUGAUCAGAAAGCACCAAGUCAUUCGUGAGGGGGUUGUUCGAGCCGGAAAGCAGCAUCUGCUAGACACUAUCUACGUUGAGCCUCAGAUUUCCACCUGUAGUUAUGGAGGAGUUGACCCUUCCCAUGAGUUCCGAGACCAACCUCCGUCACCUCUCCAGGUUCCCGGUGCAGAAACUUUCGUUGGUGUGAAUGAUUUGUUCCGACUGCAGACGGCUGAUGGCAGGCCAGUGAGGACGGUGGUGACCACUGGGAUUGCAGGAAUUGGCAUGUCGGUCUCUGUGGGCAAAUUCUCCCUGGAUUGGGCUGAAAUGCGCGCCAAUAAGGAUCUGCAGUUUGUCAUCAAACUUUCCUUCCGCACUUUGUGGAUUCUGCGAAACAAAAACCUUCCUCUUUCUCAGAAGAUGUCCAUGAUGGAAAUUCUAGAAUAUUAUCAUCCUGAGUGCAAAGACAUGAAAUACCUGGAGGAAGAGGACUGUAAAUUUCUCGUCACAAUGGACUCCUUUGAUUGUUACCAAGCUCCUCUGGACUGGGAGAAUGCUCCAGUAAUAAAUGACAAUUACACCCAAGCACACCCUGACGUCCUGAUCGUAAAUAUGAUCCGGGGCACUGUGCUUCGUGGUGCCCGCAUCUGGAUCCUGGGGAGACGGGCGGCUGUCUCACAAAUCCCAUCUCAGUUCAUAGACGCUGUCACAGAAAUACAGGGCUUCAGUGAUGAGAUGAAAGAUGACUAUCUGACCAGACGCUUUAGCGAUGCGACACUAGCAGCAAAAAUUGUGUCACAUCAUAAGCGCCUGCCGACACUCAGAAUGCUCGCACGGCAGCCCUUCGUCUGCUGGAUGGUGGCCACAGUGUUCGAGCGAUGCUACAGUUAUCGGGGCUAUGGGGAGCACCCCCCCAGACUGACACCGUUCUACGUCAACAUUUUGAUUGUCCAGACCAAUCGCAGGCUGCAGUUCUACUAUGGAAAGAAUGAAAAUGAGCUGAAGUGGUCCAAUGACGACAAGAACCUGCUGACAAAGAUGGCGAAGAUGGCCUUUAAGAUGCUGGAGAGAAAUAUCAGCGUGUUCUUCGAAGAGGACAUGAAGGACUACGGUCUGAAGUUGACAGAGGUGGUGGUGCUGUCCGGCCUGUGCACCGAGCUCCCCACUGCAGCCUCAGAUGGGAGGAGGGCAUUCUGCUUUAUACACUUCACCUUUCAGGAGUUCAUGGCUGCUCUGUAUGUCUUCACGAUGUUCCGCACAGAGUCUAAGAACGUUCUUGACUCUGGGGUGUUGCACAUGCCCAAGAUCUUCACAUCCAAGUAUCAGACCAAAUCAGCAGCAGGCCUUGUCCAGUGUGCCUUAGCGCGAACCUUAAGCUCCCAGCUGGGCUACUACGACAUGUUCCUGCGCUUUCUGUGUGGCAUGCUUUCCCCAGACUGCCAUGACAAUCAAUUGAGUGGAUACCUGUACCAUCGCAACGCUCCGAAGGUGGGCGGACUGGAUGAGGUGCAGCGACUGCUGGAGCAGACGAUACGGACUGCUCCGGGAGACAGGGUGGAAAACUUAAAGGAGUGCCUUAGAGAGAUGACCCAGGAAGAUGAGUGAGUUGGGAUAAGAUUGCAUCAUGAAAAUCAGUGUCACUUUAUAUGGAUAUGAUGGAUAAAGGAGAAGCACUGCCAGCUCUGCAAUGCAGUAGUUCUCUUCAAGUUUCUAUCUCACAGAAAUCAUGUGUGAUGAAAGUGUGACGAAAACACUCAACAGAACUCGCAGCCACUUGUUCAUGUCUGUCAUUUUGGCUUUAAUAACAUUAAGUUUCAUACAUUAGAUCAUGUUUGUUUUGAUUCUGUGUCAUUGAUGUCCCUGCUGCACCAGAAGAAAUAAAACGUUCGGCUAUGCAUUCCUGUACAGUGGAGUUUAUGCAAAACUAGAUUAUGUUUGCCAUGUCUUAAAAUGAGCUCUAAUGAAAAUACAUUCUCGCAAUAAUUUUUAUUUUGACAUGUGGCCUUUCUCCUCAACUAAAUACACUGAAGUGACAAAAAAGAGAAAAAGAAAUUAGCCACUUUUAGUUUACAGGUUUGUGAAAUGUAAACUUAACAGCAAGAAUAAAAAGAUGUGAUAAGAUUUA